GCUCCUCCCGCCUAUUGGCACGCUUGAAGAGAAUCCUAAAACAUAACUACCAGCUCAUUUCUGCGUUUAAUAUUACCGGCCCCUCGAACGACGGUCUCCCUCUGCAGCUACACCGAGACACAAAAUAAACAACAAACCCUUAAGCAGAUUGCAAGAGAAUCGAUUCCAUGGAUCCUUACCAUUACAACGUGAAUGACCAGAAUAACAAGGGCAAAGGAGGUGCUUCAAAUUCAAAUCAAGAAGGGAAUGGAAAGGGGGUCACCUGGGUCAUGGGCACGCCCGUUGCACCUCAAGCUCAUCCCGUCAAUCAACAGGCUGCUACUUGGGUUGCUGGUGAUGCGACCCCCUCUGCCCCUCCUAUUCAGGCUGGUACUGUCAGUUGCAAUGCUCACCCUCAGGUCAGCAAUCCAUAUGUCCAAACAACCCCCGCUCCUGAAUCCUCUUCAAAGAGACAUAAGGAGUUGGUUCUCAAUGUCUUGGGUCGGUGGGGUAAAAAGCUAGAAGAUUGCACUAAAAAAGCAGAAGGUUAUGCAGAAAAUGUCUGGCAACAUCUUAAAACCAGCCCUAGUGUCACUGAUGCAGCCAUGACACGACUUGCUCAAGGGACGAAGGUUCUUUCAGAAGGGGGACGUGAUAAAGUUUUUCACCAGAUGUUUGGGAUUUUGCCUGAUGAGAAAGUCCUUAAGGCAUAUUCUUGUUAUCUUUCAACUUCCUCAGGACCUGUGAUUGGAACACUCUAUAUAUCCACAAAAAGAGUCGCCUUCUGCAGUGACAGUCCUCUUUGUCAUUAUACUGCUUCAGGACAGGAAUGGAUGUAUUACAAGGUGGUAGUGACGCUUAUUCAAUUGAUGGCAGUGAAUCCUUCUUCAAAUAGAUUGAACCCAUCUGACAAAUACAUCCAGAUUUUGACUGUUGAUGGCCAUGAAUUUUGGUUCAUGGGGUUUGUAUCGUAUGACAAAGCACUCAAAAAUCUAGGUGAGGCUUUAGAACAUCGUGGUUCUCACUCCAGCGGAAGUCAUUAGAACUAGGAAUAACGCGUGUUUGUGUGUUGUUGAUGUUGAAAUGAUAUCUAUACAUACUGUCAUACAACAACAAAUUUCAUUGGAACAUCUUUUAAUUAAAUUACAUCUCUUUGAUAUACGCAACUAUAUGAAUUUGUUUAUAUUUGUGGAUCAUAAAUGGAAUCUAUGGUUGACCAA